AUGGUCGAACUCGGAAUCUCGUUUGCAACAAUCAAAUCUCUCUUAAUCUUCUUUGCUCCAAUCCUGAUCCCCCGCGCUAUAAAUUUCUAUCGGAGCCUACGUGUUGCAGUUUCCACUCGUCCACAGCCCCGUACUCUUCCUCCGAGCGCUGGACGUGCCCUGAAUGUUCUCUUCUUCGCAACCCUCUUCUUCAUACUCCUGAGUCUGCCAUUCAACCCUCAUGCGCCUGGAGAGAGUGUCUUCACUCUCACGCAGUCGCGCAUCAACACUCCGACCGAUGUCCUUUUCAACCGACUGGCGCGGUUCCGGCCAGGGAACACUUUGACGGAGUCGGAUAUCCUCCUUCGGUCCAAGUUUACGUCGUUGGGUGCUCGGAAAGUGUACCUGCGCUUCGGGCCAGAUGUGUUGACUGGAUGCCAAUUCUGCACCCUCGAUAAUGUCAAGACGUACCUUUUAUACUACCUACCUUUCUAUACGCUGCUUCCACAUCUGUUCCACAUGGUCAUUGUGGGCUUGGUGACCUCCGCACCCUUUGCGGGUCGCGAAGCGGCCAGAUGGCGGAACAAGUUUACUGUGGCCGGACUGGCCCUGGCCGUCAUCGACCUGUACAUCGUCUGCACUCGGGACCCGGUGCAGUCAGCGCCAGCUUCUGUACGGGCGGGAACCCAACCCCCCUCGAGUUUAUACCAUCAGAUCACGCUGCUACGACCUCUAGUAUUUGCGAUCUUCGACGGUCUAUGUGCCUGUUUGAUCUACGUGACCGCCACCCAUCGCUUCUUCUUCAUGCCGCCGUCCCAGGCGGACCAGAUCGAGCAACUAGUGUCGAAUUCGCUGUCAGCAUUGUCCGGAGCUAGCUCGAAGCUGCAUGCCAUGAGUGUGACCCGGAAUGCCGUUGUGCGAGACAAGGUCCUGAAAGACCGGGAUGAUGCAUACUGGCGAACGGUCGUUUCGAUGAGCGCCGGCCGCCCCAGCAGCACCCGGGUGGGAGACGAUGAUUCGCCGAGCGCCUCCACGACGAGUAUCUGGGAAGAAGAGGAAGUAGUACGGGCCAUGUCGCAGGCGAUGGCAGGAGAAGGGGGGGUUGACAUGGCCAAGCUAGGAAUCAGUGCGACUGACUAUGUCAAUGGGGUGACAGCUGGUUUGGAUGAUGCUGAGCCGUAA